UUGGCCUCUGAAGAUUCCUCGUCUCGUUCGUGUCUCAUUUGCUGUACGUUUUCUUGCUUUCUUAGGGACGCAAUUCGUUAUUCGUGUGUCAGAAAUUGUUAUAUGUCUUUCUAAUGUUGUGUGGUGUUCAUUUCAGUCGCUGACAUGGCGUAUUUUUUGGAGUAAUUAGACGAAAACGCGAAGAUUUUCGAGAUCUCUGUUAUGGCGAAGUGAAGAGGCUGUUGGCAUAUGCGGGGAAUCGACUGGCGGCUUGCCUUAACCGUGCUGGAUUUCUGAUUACAUGGCAUCUGUUGCAGAUCACAGACAUUCAAGUAGAUUUAAAACAGAAAAUAUUCAGUGCAACUAUGAAUAAUAGUCCUGUUUUGAAAGUUGAGUCCUAUUAACAGAGUCAGAAUGGCAGUAGUUGCCUGUGGUCUCAAUGCCAAUAGCCAGAUAGUGCCAGUUGGUCCACCGCUCUUAUGCUGCCCCACACCAGUAAAAGAUAAAAAGGAUGUGUGCGAAGUACACAUUACUUGUAGUCACAUCCUUUGGAAAAUUAAUGCUGGUUGGCAAAUUACUGGUUAUAAAAAUUAUGAUUAUAGUCUGGAAAAGGAGAUGGAACAGGGAUGGAAGAUAUCUGCAAGCGAGAUGAGAAUAGCUGCCAUAAAAAAUGACGGGGCUGUGGUUCUGCGUGAAAAGGGGAAAUGGAGGAAGCUAUUCUUUCAGAGAGAUACUGCCAUGGAUUCAAGAAACAUAGGUCCCUCAGUGCAGCAGAUUGAAGAUCAGGACAACAUAGCAAAGAGUGAAAGUGAUGAACAUCACGCAACAUCUCCGACAAAAUUAUCUUCUGUCUAUGUUGAGGACAACUCUCUUAUUGCUCUUGAUGAAGGUGGGAAGUUGUACAGCAGUGGUGUUCCUGUACCAUAUGGUGGCUGCAGAAUCAGUGCUGUUGAACUGGGGAAGGAGCACUGCAUGGCACUAACAACGGAUGGGGUAGUACUUACAUGGGGCAGUGGAAUGCGUGGUCAACUAGGCAACGGAGAAUUGUGCCAGAUCGAUCGUCCAGAGCCAGUUGAGAGUCUCCAAGGCAUCACCAUCUCCUCCAUAGCCUCUGGGGGAUGGCACUGUGUUGCAUUGAGCACAAGUGGUGACGCAUACACCUGGGGCUGGAAUGAAAGUGGCCAGUUGGGCUUCCCAGCCAAAGCAGAUCAGGAGGCCUCAGUUUUGGGAACAUUUAGCCACAGCUGCCAGUGUCCCAAGCCAGUCCAUAAGACAGACACAGUACAAGACGACACCAAUGUGAGAGAGAUUAGAGCCAAGGAACCGAGUAAUGAUGACCAGCUAGCAUCUCCCGAAGGAACAGGAGGUUGCAGAACGGAUCCAAGAAUCAACGGGGCCAGGACUAAGGAUGUUGUGAACGUGCAGACCUCACCCAGGCUGUUGGACUUCUGGAAUGAAGAUAUGGCUAUCAUAGAUGUAAAAUGUGGAGAUAGGCACACAUUAUAUCAGCUUGAGGAUGGGAGUGUAUGGUCCACUGGCAUGAACAAGUACGGCCAGCUUGGUUUGGGGGACACAGCUGAGAGGAAUGAACCCUGCCUGGUGCCAGUCAAAGGUGUCAGAACAAUGUUUGCCGGGGGAUGGAUUUCUGUCUUUGUUACAACAGAUGCUAGUGGGAGAUAACAUGUGGUUAAUAAUCGCUGUA